AUGAAACUGCUUUAUUUAUUUUUAGCUCUUUUUUUAUUUGCCCUCCAAUUCAUUGCCGAUGCAAUUAACCAGGACAAAAGUAAUUUAGCAAGAAGUGUUGCUGCCAGUUUACCACUACCAGAAGUAUCCAGAAUUUCAAAAAUUGCAACAAAAUAUGUUUCUGGUGCAAAUAUACCGGAAGUUGUCAACAAACCUGAUCGUAGAGCCAAGAUAUCUGUGGUAAACAAUUAUAAAUCCGCGAUGUUUAGAAGGCAAAUAUGGUCAGAAGUGUUAAAAACAUUAAGCGAACCUGUUAUUGGUUAUAAUGUCACAAUUUCAAGCUAUUACUCAAAAAACCCACCACCGGUCCAGGCUUUUAUGAAAUCUGAGUCACCAAUAGAAAUCAACAGUCAGUGCCUAAAUACGUUCAAUUAUUUUUAUGUCUACCCAAACUUAAUAAGUUGCACUCCCUCACCUUCAAAAGAGCUAUUAGAGAUUAUUUUUAGGUAUAUUUGUAUGAAAUCUGUGAAAAGAAUAUUUGCUACGUGGACAGGCUCUAUUUUUAUUCUUAGGGAAAUAAUUGAAAAAACAUUGUUUUCAAUUAAAAAUAACAAGGUUCCUCAGUCAGUAUUAAAUGGUCUAAUGAGUGAAUAUUAUAUGAACCCAUUUAAAGAUUUUGUUCCAAUUGGAAACAAAUUAGGGAAACAUGUAAAUAUGGAUAUUGAAGGAAACCAUAUCUGGCAGUUUAUUGUUGCUAGGAGCAAACUACUAUAUAAUAUUGAUUCACCUACAAGAGCUCCUCGUAGUGGGGAAUGGGCAUUUGUCGUUAUAUCUGGAAACCAAACUCCACCGGAGUUUUUGUAUAUGAGGGAAAUACGUUUUAUGAAUACAGAUUCUGUACAGCUGAUUACUGCAAUAAUCUUUAAUAUGUUAUUGUUCAAAGUAAAAAACCCUUUACAAUUUAAGUCAUUUGAAGUAGUUAUAGAAGAUCACAACAAAAAAAUAAAGAAUAGUGUCAAUUCUAAUUUAUUGUUAGCAUUUGCAGCCAGAAUCGCCACAUAUUAUUCUCAUAUUUCAAGUGAUUGGAAUGAUCAAAUUGAUAGCCUAAUGGAAAUCGAUUUGGAAGAAAAAGAGAAUAAUCGAGAUCAAACAUUUAUUUGGAAUUCAAAACCGUUGGUUUCGUUAGCUUUUGAGCCAGAUAUUGUAAUACCUGAUCAACUAGUUUCUAACUGUGUGAGAUAUUGCGAAGAUCUGGUUUCUAGAGGUAUCGUUUCUGUUGUUGGAGUUAAUAAUGAGGUGGAUUCUUUCUCAUUUCUUCAGAAAAAAUUAGAAAAUAUAUGUAAAAAACUACAAAAUAAAAUAUUGCCUUAUGUUGAAAUUUAUGUUGAACCUGAGAAAAAUUUGCCGAAGUCUAUUCUGAAGAGUUCGAUCAAACCCUCUGAUCCAAAUAAGAGAAAGUUGAGAUUUAAUACUAAUGUGCAAGUAUCGAUAUAUAAUAAAGGUGGGAUGGUUGGCGAUAGAGCUCCUAUAGGUAAUUUCACACUUGGUGCUUCAUUAAAGACUUCUUUAAUAAGGCAUGAAGGAAGUUCAACUGCAAUGCCUGAAAUUCCAACAGGUACUAAAAAAUCUCAAACCUCUAAGUUGGAUGAAGAUUCCAACUCGCUCAUAGACUCUAUCGACUCUAAGUACUUUCAAAGAGAAGACCUCUUUGAUAAAACACCAUACCCAUUCGAAGAUAGUGAUUCUGCCACAUAUCCAAGCAAUUCUGAAAAUUUAAAGUCUAUCAAUUCAUCCAAUAUGGUUAAUCAUGAAAAAAAGUCUGCCCAAUAA